CCCAAUGGGAUCGUCGCCAUGCGUUUUUCGUCAUCGUUCACUCUGCCCUAAGGCUUCCCUACUUCUUCUCUAACACCAUGCUUUUCCAAUACUAAACUAUCAUUAGCAUCACAUGCAAGGAUUAAGUCUCACCUACCCACGCUUUCACAGUACACUACUGUCGUUUCCUGCAGCUGCAUUUCCAAACUUCGCCCCGGUCCCCUGCCUUCUGAUUUUUGUGCCACGAGCUCCAACGCGCUACUAAGCCCUACUCCUCUCCUCAUAUAAAGAUCGGCGCCCAGCAUCCUCUGUGUCGCCUGUCCCUCUUCCUUCACUCCUCACAGCCAGCCCUUCCCCGAACCUCAAUCGAAGACCCCUCACUUCCAUUGACCAUGUUCUUCUCUGCUGCCCUCGCCCUUGCUGGCGCCAAUGUGGCUCUGGCUGCUUCUUCGGCCAGUCGCCCUGCUGAGUCCACCAUCGAGCCAGCGGCUACUGCCAUCUCUGCUCUCGCCGCGGCCGCAACGCCUGUUGUCCUCACCUCUGAUGUGAAGGGUAAGGGCUUCGACCGUAUCGUUCAGAUCUGGCUCGAGAACACUGACUAUGCUCUCGCGGCCAACGACCCAAGCAUGAAGGAGCUUGCCAAGCAGGCCAUCACCCUGACCAACUACCACGCCGUGACCCACCCCUCCGAGCCCAACUACGCUGCUGUCAUCGGCGGAGACCAUUUCGGAAUGGAUAAUGACGACUUCCUGACGUUCCCAAAGAACGUGUCCACCGUCAUCGACCUCCUCGACACCAAGGGCAUCUCCUUCGGCACCUACCAGGAGCACCUCCCCUACACCGGUUUCCUCGGCUUCAACUACUCCAACCAAGCCAACUUCGCCAACGACUACGUCCGCAAGCACAACCCCCUCGCGCUCUACGAGUCCGUCACCGCCAACUCCACCCGCCUCGGCACGAUCAAGAGCUUCGUCGACUUCGAGACCGAGCUCAAGAACAAGAAGCUCCCCCAGUGGUCUUUCAUCACCCCCAACAUGACCAACGACGGACACGACACCACCAUCACCUACGCCUCCACCUGGUCCAAGACCUUCCUCACCCCCCUCCUCGCAAACGAGUACUUCAUGAACAACACCCUCAUCAUCCUCUCCUUCGACGAGGUAGACACCUACACCACCCCCAACAAAGUCUUCACCCUCCUCCUUGGUGGCGCCGUUCCCAAGUCCCUCCACGGCACCACAGAUAACACUUUCUACAACCACUUCUCCACCAUCUCCUCCGUGUCCGCUAACUGGGACCUCCCCUCCCUCGGCCGCUGGGACUGCGGCGCCAACGUCCUCCAGACCGUCGCAAACAUCACCGGGUACCAGAACGUCGUCGUCGAUACCGAGGGGCUGUACUUCAACUCCUCCUACCCCGGCCCUAUGUCCGAUGACCUCUACGACCCAACCUGGCCCGUCCCAAACACCGAUGCCAAGUGCGCGAACGGCCUCGGUGUUUUGGCCUCGGUGAAGAAGACAUGGGGUGCUAGCAAGUCUACUUACAACUACACCGCGGUGUACAACUAUGAUGCUGUUAGUGGAAACAAUGUUAAUGGCAAGGCGGUGCCCCAGGGGGGGUCGGUUAAUGGUACGGCGAAGAGCACGGGCACGGCGGGAGCGCCGAAAGCUACGUCGACUGGUGGUGCGGCUGUGAAUGCUGCGACUAUGGUGCCUGUUCUGGCUGGGUUUGUGAUGGCAGCGAUGUUGUAGAAGAUUUUAGUAGGAUAUAAUAACUCAGAUAUAGUAACCUAGACGUAGUAACUUUGAC